AUGGCACCACCUAUGAAGCUGAUAACUAUGACAGGAAGCCAUUGUACUAUGAGUUCCCCCAAAGGAUGGGUUCUGAGCAACACGGGACACUUCCUUGACGAUCAUCGUAUAGUCAACUCUACUAUCUGGUCUGAUGCAUCGAAACUGUCAAUAGCUACUGAUCCGCAUUUAUAUGUUCAUGCACGCCUCUCAGCACUCUCUCUCACCUAUUACGCCAAGUGUCUUCAAAGCAGAGAGUACAAGGUGAAACUCCACUUCGCCGAGAUUAUGUUCAGCCGUACCAGGUCUUACAAAAGCUUGGGAAGGCGCUACUUUGACAUAUACAUUCAGCUUGAGUGUUUUAUGUCUGAAGAAAUUCCAGUGUCUUGA